GAUCGGUGUAUAUAUAUAUAUUAGUGGGCCGGUCCAUUGGGUCAGAAAUCGCUAUGCAUAUAAUGGACUCUUCACUGUUUUCCCCUGUUCACAACCCUUCCUCGGAGCAGCUCACCAACGAUACUACUCCGACCAGUGACCGGCGGUCGGUCAACUGGAGAACGUAGUUUUACCGCCACCGUCACCACGACGACAUGUUUGCUUCUUUGAUUGUUGAAUUUUUCUUUUGACAGCUUGGUUGGGAAGGGCCUGGGUUUAGCGAGUCAAACAUUUCUGGUGAUUUAUCAGUGCUAGAGAGUAACAUCUAUGACUUGGGAAGUGCCUGGAAAACAGAAAAAGGCAAAAACUUUCAUAAUCUGUUGCAAUCCACUCAAGUCUUCAGAGCUGAAGGGGCUGGAGUAGUAGCCAAUGUUGCGGAAAAUCAUCUUUGGAAGACAGUCAUUCUACCACCAAUACUUCCAACAUCCCUCUACCUUGAUCUCCAACUUAAACAUAAGUAAAUGUCUCUUCUCAGGGGACUCAUCGAGCCUCAACUUACCACCAAAUGAGUUGUCUGGUUUGACUACUCCGGUGGACUCUUUGGUAAAUGGCUGUGACUACAACCAUUGGCUUGUUGUCAUGGAUCCACCUGAUGGUUACCCUCUAAGGGACCAAAUCGUCCACCGCUAUAUCCAAACUCUCGCUCUCGCAGUUGGAAGUGAAGAAGAGGCAAAGAGAUCCAUAUAUUCAGUUUCAACAAAGUAUUACUAUGCAUUCAGUUGUAAAAUUCCAGAAAAGCUGACUCACAGCAUCAAAGCUCUGCCUGGUGUAAGAUGGGUGUUGCCAGAUUCUUACCUUCCUCCUGGUGAAGAUGGGUAUGGAGGAGAACCAUUUGUUGAUGGAGAGGUUGUUCCUUAUGACGAGAAGUACCACUGCAACUGGUUAAGUUGUGAAGAUGACGAUGUACCAAAGAAAACCCGUCGUAGAAGGAGGAAGAACCAAACAUCUUGAAGAAUGAAUGGUUGAAGUUUAGAGAUUUAAAGCAAAUACUUUAUAUAGCCCAUGUUGUGAUAACUGAUGAUUAUUCUGAGGAUUCUUGGUUUACCAUCAUUCUAAUAUUGAUGGUUAUGGUGAAGAAAGCUUUCGUUGAA